AUGCUCAUUGGCAUCGAAGACACAGAUGACGAUAGUGCCCUCAGCCCUGACGAUUUCUUCGCAUGGAAUAAUGAGCGCAACCCAUAUGAGGUAUCUGUUAAACGAUUCGAGGCACAGGCGCGGCCUAUGUCUAUCCUAGACUAUGCUACAUACCUUGUUAAAAUGUCCCGGAAACAUUGCCUGCCGGUGACGUGGUCAACCGGGCCGCCAGGAGUUCCUGACAGAAACAUUGCGAGCAACCCUCUUGGGGAUCCCGAUGUUGAAGAAUUUGUCGACAGCCUCACGGUGAAGACCGCGUACGGCCUUCUUCCUCUCCAUCUUGCACUCGACUGGCCGGUCUAUACAUCAUAUAAUGAAGCAGUGGGAUAUGUGGAAUGGGCAGGCGCACGCAGUAUUCACCGGCAAGUUGAAGAAGAAAAAGCCGAGAAAACUCAGAAGGGAACAAUAUCCAAGUCAAUUCGGGAUGAUAUUUACACUGACCUAACAGCAUGCAAUGUUGGCUUCCAGAAUCUCCAUCCCUCCCCCGUCACGCAGAACGGCAACGUUCUUGAUACUCCAUGA